AUGUCGGACACAGUCACAGUUUCAAUGACCACUCCCGAUGGCCAUACGUCGUUGUUAGAAGUACCACCACGUGCACCUCUGCGCGGGACCGGAGUGCGGUAUGCGCCCACGCCUCUUCAUCCUACAGCGCGCGGCAACAUUCGAACGAACUUUAAGAGCUUCCACGAAGUUGCAACCAUUGUGGUUGGCGGACAGCAUGUGCAGGACUCGCAUUCACGUGGUCAAGGACAGACAACGUACACGAUCCACAAAGACCUGUUAACUGCCGAGUCUCCCUUCUUCUCCGCUGCAUUGAAUGGUGCGUUCGCCGAGGGUCUCGAUCAAACAGUACGCCUGCCCGAGGAGAAGCCCGAGAUCUUCGAGUGGUUUUUGUGGUGGUUGUACACGGGCUCACUAACGACACCCACUCCUACGAAUUGCCACACGGAACCAAGAAAUCAACGAAUGCACGGUGUGCUUGGGCUGCCUGGUCAAGGACCGCCUUUCCAACAUCACAUGACACAUACCGACGGUGAUUUGCGGAAUACGGCCGGCUCACCAAAGUACUUCUUGCUGCUCGAUCUGUAUGCCCUCUCGGACAAGCUGAUGACUACGACACUCUGCAACCACAUAGUCGACACGAUAGCGAGACUCUCCGAGAGCACCAACUCAGUGCCCACGCCAUCGGAUACAUGGAUCCUUUACGAUACGAUUCGUGACAACGCCCCGAUGCGCAAGCUGAUACUCGAUCUAUUCGCAUACAAGAAAACGGACAAGUUACUCGAAAGCCACAAGGACGAAUGGCAUCCACGAUUCUUACGAGAGCUGGUUGUCAAACUCAAGCGACCAGGACUCGAGUCAUUGGACAGACACUCGCUUUCACCGUGGCGACCUGUCAGCUGGCAGACGAGUAAAGCGUGCGAGUCAUGCAGAGAGUUGCUCAAGCCAGGCAUCAGCUGCGAGAAGUGCGAGGUCUGCGAACGAGCCUUCUGCUGUGGAUGUGCGAGCGCUGGCAAAACGAGUAGUCUGGGAGGAGAUGUCGGGACUUGCAAGCCAUGGUUGAAGGGAAUGUGCUCAAGAUAUCAUGAGCAUGGUCCUGGUGAGGAUGAGAGCAAAAGAUGCGCCAGAUGA